GAACUUGAAGAAUUAUUUUACAAGUUGGAUAGUGAUGGAGAUGGCAGAGUAAGCUUAAAGGAAUUCCAGCAUGGCUUAUUCAGCCAUAUCUGCAUUCCUUGUCCUUUUUCUUCCACACCACUUAAAUCAAAAAUGCAAAGAUCACACACUAAUCAGAUUUUGAAAGACAAUGGACAACAAACCGCAACUCCAUCUUUUUUAUCUAACUCAGCGGCUUUGAAUCUUUUCUCCAGCAUUAACGAUGGCAGUGGUUUUGCAAGUGUGGAGCAAGUUGUCUCCAUCUGGGCCUGGGAAGGGGUUGAAAACUGCAAAGAGAUUUUAAAGAGUCUUGAUUUUAAUGUGGAGGAAAGAGUGAACCUUCUAGAGCUCUCUAUGAUCCUUGAUGAUGAAUUAAUUGCUUCCAAGAAUGGACUUCAGCAGGCAGCUGUUGCCUCUUAUAAGCAUGAACUUCAUCAUCUACAAACACAACUGGAACGGAUUUUCAGUGAGAGAAAUAAAGCAAGAGCUGAUCUGGAAAAGACU